AUGCCGGUGUGCAUCGAGUGCGGACACGGUGUUCCGCGCAUCAUCAAGCCGGACACCGAAACAGUGGAGCGGUGCGGGGAGUGCGGGCACAUAUGCGACAUCUGCUACGAAUUCGGUGAUGUACAGAUUUGGAUCGAUGUGGUUCUUCUGCGCCACCGGGCGUGGGCGCAUGUUCUCUUCAACCAGACUGACUAUUACACAAAGCUCGUCAUCUUCAUGCUCUGCUGCGUGGUGGAGGCGGUCGUGGUGCACAGCCUCACCGUGCUUAAGGCCAUUCCCCUCUUCACGGAUGACCUCGAGAACAGUUCCCUCUAUACCCCAGAGCGCCAGGUGCGAUCGCUGCAGCUCGUGCGCAUAAUUCAGAGCGCCUUCCUGCCGCUGAUGAACUACCCAUCAGCAAUUUUCCACCUCUUCAUCUUUACCUUCACAGAAAAUGCGCUUGUUGCCUCUAUCGCCACGUGGCUCGGCCGCUUCUUCUACCGCAGCUACGGCCACAGAGAACGCCUGUGGUUCGUGGAGGCAGCCUUGGCCUCCUACGCAAAGCUGAGCUACGUCCUAUUUCUCAUCUGGGCCAUUCCACCGUCGAUGCUCCCUAUGGUCGAUUUUGUGUACGUUCUGUGGCUAGGAUGCGCCUUCACGGUGCUCGGGUUCAAUCGCCAUUGGAUGUACCCCGUAGUGACCGUCCUCGUCUGCGUCUUUGCUCGUGGGGUGUUUCGCCACCUCACGAAGUGGAGCCCUCAGGUGCUCUUCUAG